CAAAAUUUAACUGUCACUACUGUACUGUUGUGCUGUUUGUGCUAGGUGUUUGUCGAAUAAUAUUAAAAUUACAUCAAGAUAAAAGGUUUCUAGGUAACUUACUGUGUGUUUAUUCAAAAGUGUUAGUUUUGUCCAUCCUAAGCCAUGGAGUAACUCCUCAGAAAAUUCUAUGUGAAAAAAUAUUUCACACCACCCCAAAAGUCGGUUAUGUAUAAGCUAUUGAGUUUAAUUUUUAGGUUUUACAGCUAACUAUUAUGGCAGGAAAGGGUAGAAAUUCAGUGAGGAUUGAGACUGAAAUAGAAAAGAGUAGGGAGGAAUCAAACUGGAAGAAAGUGAUAGAGCUUGCAGAGCAGUUGAAGAGCAAGAAUGCAGCACAAGCUCCACUGUGCAACUUUCUUCUUGGGGAAGGAAAGCUGGAGCUGUUUUUGGAAGAAUGGCCACCUGUCGAAACCAAUUUCUCCAGAGCUCGGUCAGGCUUGGGAGAAGCGAAGCGUUGUUUACUGAACGCUGCUAGUGAACAAGGAAAAAAGGCUGGAGUAGCCCUAGACUCACAUUUACUUCUCGGGAAGCUACAUUACGCCAUGGGAUUCUUUGAGGAGUCACUUAAUCAUUACAACGAAGCAGAUCUUCAGUCACUUACGGAGAAACCUUUACCUAGUCGUAGCUUACGGAUUGUAGCAGAAUCUUACGCCAUCAAAGGACUGUGUUUGGAGAAGGUGCCGCCGUCAUCCACCAGCAAAUACAAGCAGGUGGAGUGGGAGGAGCAGAUGGCCAGGUGUUUCGAGCUGGCGGGAGACUUGACUUUGUUGUAUCUUCAGGAACAGGACAAAGUUCAACAACAGCUUGUUACUACGGGGACUAUCAACAACACAGCCGGCUCCCACUCCCCACAACCACAAGACUCAACACGUACAAUGGGCCCCAUCUUGGAAACAGCCAUACAGAGAGCUCCGUUGCUGUACAUUCAGACUGGGAAAAUACCAUUGGCUGUCACUCGUUAUAGGAACAUGCUGUGUGCCGUUGAAUCCAGUGGGACUCACGGGUUGAGGCUAACGUUAACACGACAACUAGCUGAAGUCCUGCUGCGAGGCUAUACUGGCAUCCGCUAUUCGCCCCCUGGUAACAGUUUGUACAUGCACACUCUGGACGUAGAACUUCCCACCGCUCUGUUUACACUGACAUGUAACACCCUCAAUGUCAUAGGCACGAAGAAAAAUGCAGCUGUUAGUGCCUGGAAGCCUCGUCUAUACACUGGCAUCAACCUGUUCAUCCCACGCAAUGAGUAUGAAGAGGUCAUUCUUCUGCUUCUGAUCAGCGAGGCGAUGGCAGUGAGAGAAGCAGUCCUCAGUCAAUCUCCGGAGUUCAAGGAGGCGCGUAUACGAGCCAUGAGCAACGCCAUGGUGAUCUACGAUCUACUCACCAUCACUUUAGUGCGCUGGGGCCAGGUCUCCUUACUCUAUGAGUGUAUAGAGAGAGCCAUGAAGUUCUCUUAUGAGGAGGCGCAUAUCUGGCUACAGCAGGCGUUGUGUCUAGAGUCGAUGGGUCACCAUGUACACGCCCUGUCUGCUCUGAAGGAGGUCGCCCGACUGAUGCCAACCAAGGUUAUGCCCUGUCUCAUCGCAGCGAGAAUUUGUUAUCAGCAUCUCAACUUGAUGUCGGAAGGCAUGCAGUGGAGCCAGAAGGCAUUGGCCCGGCAGACGUCACAUCCCCAGAACCUGCUGUCUCGGUGUCAUCUCUACAUCGGCAUCGGAGCUCACUAUGCAGCCGUGCUGUCCCAUUUGAAGCAGGAGAAGCAACGGUUACAUGCUCUCGCGCAUGACUCGUUCCUCAAGUCACAGCAGAACGACCCAGGUGAUCACCUAGUAGAGUACUACCUGGGUCUACACUGUGCCAGUAAAGCUCAGGUGGCAGAGGCCCUGACACACACCAAGGCAGCACUACAGCUAUGUCCAGAGCAUGUGCCUUCUCUACAGCUGAUGGUGCUGCUGCUGACGGCUCAGAAACAGCUGACUGAGGCCCACGCUCUGCUGGACUCCGCACUGUUAGACUUCCCUGACAACUUGAACCUGCUGUACGUCAAGACACAUCUACAGUUGCAGAUGCACGGGCCUGAGGUCGCUCUUGUGUCAGCCAAACAGAUGCUGACAUUAUGGAAGGUUUUGUACGAAGAGCAAGUUCAGCAAACUCAGAACGACUACUCUGAUACGAGAAGUCACUUUCAGCUCUACACCUCUGAAAUGUCUGACAAAGAUACAGCCUCACUCCACGCACACUCGCUGGCCGCGUCGCGUGUAGAGCAGGCUCUGUCUGAGGUGGCCUCGUCUAUCUCCUCGCUGGCUCCACGGCCUGGUCCACAGCGUGCGUGGCUGCUACAGCUACAGGUGUGGCUACUCAUAGCAGAGAUCUAUUUAUCGCUGGACCAGGUGUCUGCGGCGGCUGCCAGUAUAGCAGAGGCCACCUCGAUAUUCCCUCUCUCACAUCACAUCAUGUACACCCGAGGGCUGGUACACGAACAUAAACGAGAGUUUAUGGAGGCCAAACAGUGCUUUCAGAACGCCGUUGCCAUCAAUCCUUCCCAUAUCAAAAGUCUUCAGCACCUGGGUCUAAUGUAUCACUACUUGGGCAGUCAUCGUCUGGCAGAGAAAACUCUCAGAGACGCCGCCAAGAUCGAUCCCCACGCUCCGUCGACAUGGUACAACUUGGGAAAAGUUCUGGAAACCCUGGGUGAUUGCCAACGAGCCAGCGACUGUAUGGCUACCGCAUUACAAGUGGAAACCGUCAGUCCGAUACUGCCAUACUCCAGUAUACCCAUCACAUUCGAGUAACCUAUUGGCCUACUGCUACUCGAUACUCAACAAUGCAUUUAACCAUCCUUUAACGAAUAGGAAAGUCCUACCGUUUCAUUCUGGAUCUUCACUAUAGGGUUAUUUAAAAUUGAAUACCAGAUACUGUUGAAAAUAUUACAAAAUUGAGAGAUUAGAAAUUUGCGAGGAAAGUUGUUUACAAGAAUGGAAUGUACUUAAAUAAAAUUUAGGAGAUAGUUGGGAGGUAGUAUAAGUUUGUUUUGGUGAGUUUAAGUACUUACAGUGAUUAGGUCAAUUUAGGUAUGUAUGUGAAACAUUCUUUCAUAUUUUUAAAUUUAAAACAUUAAAGAUAUCAGGAUUUAAAAUAUAUUUUUUAAUUAACAAAAAAUCAAUAAUUAUUUUAAAUACCUUUAUUGUUUUUGAACUUAAAAUAAUAACUAAAAAAAACGUAAUGCUAAAUUGAUAAUAACAUUGUAUUGUAAACAAAUCUGUACUUAAAAUGUUACAUUUAAAUCACAAAAAAUAUUUUGGCCGAAAUAUUUGAUCAAGGAAUGUAUUGUAUUUUAUUUUACAUUGUAUCAAUAAAAGUGUUCAUCUUGAUAGUAAAAUCUGCCAAAUUUAUCUUGGUGGUUUGAAAAUCUCUAGACUCUAAUACUUUAUUUUGUUUAGUUUGUAAUUUGUAUAUACAGCCUAGUAUACUUUUUACUUUCACCUAACUACUUUUUUAUUUUGUCCUUAGUGUACAGCAAACCUGUUAUACAGUAACUAUAGUCUAUAUUUGUUGUCUUUAUAGUAUGUUUAAUAAA